GGAAAACCGCUUUCCUGCCCCCUCCUCUCCCACCGCCCCGGAGCCUUUCUGGACGUCGGGGGGUGGGGGGGGGUCGGGAAAAUGCUCUCUGAAAGCAGUUCGUUCUUGAAAGGGGUGAUGCUCGGGAGUGCUUUCUGUGCUUUGAUCACCACGCUGGGACGCGUGGGCACCGGCCACGGCAGCGGAAGGCACCACGAGCAUCACCACCUGCAGGCGCCCAACAGGGACGAAGUGGGGAAGAUUGCCGAGGAUGAGCGCGUGGAGCUCAGUGAGCGCUUUCGGGUGUACUGUAUCAUCCUAGUAAAGCCCCAAGAUGUGAGUCUUUGGGCUGCCGUGAAGGAGACUUGGACUAAACACUGUGACAAAGCAGAGUUCUUCAGUUCUGAAAAUGUGAAGGUGUUUGAGUCAAUUAAUAUGGAUACGGAUGACGUGUGGCUGAUGAUGAGGAAAGCUUACAAACACGCCUUCGAUAAAUAUAGUGACCGGUACAACUGGUUCUUCCUUGCACGCCCUACUACGUUUGCUGUCAUUGAAAACCUAAAGUAUUUUUUGUUACGAAAGGAUCCAUCGCAACCUUUCUAUCUGGGCCACACUGCAAAAUCUGGAGAACUUGAGUAUGUGAACGUGGAAGGAGGAAUUGUCUUGAGUAUAGAGUCAAUGAAAAGACUUAACAGCCUUCUCAAUGCUCCUGAAAAGUGCCCCGAGCAGGGAGGAAUGAUUUGGAAGGUAUCUGAAGAUAAGCAGCUAGCAGUCUGCCUGAAAUAUGCUGGCGUGUUAGCAGAAAAUGCAGAAGAUGCUGAUGGAAAAGAUGUGUUUAAUACAAAAUCCGUUGGGCUUUCUAUUAAAGAGGCAAUGACUAAUCACCCAAACCAGGUGGCAGGAGGAUGUUGUUCAGACGUGGCUGUUACUUUUAAUGGACUGACUCCUAACCAGAUGCAUGUGAUGAUGUAUGGGGUGUACCGUCUUAGGGCAUUUGGACAUGUUUUCAGUGAUGCAUUGGUUUUCUUACCUCCAAAUGGUUCUGUUAACGACUGAGAAGGGGAGCAAAAGCAUGUAUUUGAACACCA